UUUAAAAGCGGACCGCAGAGAGCGGGUCACGUUAGCAAAUUUAUCGCGAACCGUGCUUGCUUGCCGGUGUAGCUUUGUGUUGCCUGCACCGGGAUUCGAACACACAUUACGAGGCCAACUGGCCAACUCCCGCGCCAUGGGGCCGGGACUCACUCUGUACUUUUUGGUGUCGCUGAUGGUAGCUAUAGCUACCGAAGCUCCACCAACGAAGGAACUUAGUAAGGAACCGGAAAAUACAGAAACAAGACAAGGUCGACAAUAUGGUUCCUAUGUGCAAGGCAAAGAGGUUGUAGUCGACAUUCAAGACGACGAAAAGAAUCAGUACUACGAGACGAAUUACGAUACGAACGCAUAUGGUUUUGGAUACGACGUGGGACCAAGCGGUCAAUUCCACCACGAGAAUCGUGGUCCGGACGGUGUGACAUACGGCUGUUACGGUUACGUAGACACUGAAGGAUUCCUCCGAGCAACACAUUAUGUUGCCGACAGCCAUGGAUACAGGGUAGUGGAGCCAGAGAAACCUGUAGAAGUUUACCCGGAUCAGAAAUACGAGUAUGAUGAACAAUCUCAACCGACAGAAAAAGUACCGGGUCAAAUCAUUGCGUGGGAAAAGUUAUAUUUCCCUAAAGGUUGUGGGCGCACUCCAGGAGGAGUUCCAGCGAAGCCUUUACCUCCAGGACCACCUAAACCACCACGACCACCCCCCGAUAGCACUGGACAGACAACCAACCCUAAACCUGGAGUCGUAACCCCUGGCCAAGGUGGUGCUGGCGGUGGAGGCGGUGGAUCCGGUGGACCUGGAGGUCCCACGGGACCUGGAGGCCCUGGUGGUCCCGGCGGUCCAGUAGGCCCUGGCGGUCCAGGUGGACCAGGAGGCGGACAAUGGCAAGGCGGCUACCCUGGCUCUCCAGGCACUCCCGGCACCCCCGGCACACCGGGUAGCCCUGGCUCUCCAGGAGGACCAGGUGGACCUGGCGGCCCUGGAGGCCCAGGAAACGGUGGCUAUUAUCCCGGAUAUCCCGGUAUCUCUGGUACCCCUGGUUCACCAGGCUCUCCCGGAACGCCUGGAUCACCCGGAUCGCCCGGUACACCAGGCUCUCCCGGCACACCAGGCACACCAGGAGGUCCAGGAGGUCCAGGCGGACCAGCUGGCCCGCCCGGUACUGGAAGUUACUACCCUGGCCAGCCCGGUAGUCCAGGCACCCCCGGCAGUCCCGGCACACCAGGCUCUCCAGGCGGUCCAGGGGGACCUGGAGGUCCCGGCGGCCCCGGAGGCCCUCCAGGCAGUUAUUAUCCAGGGCAACCAGGCACACCAGGCUCUCCAGGCAGUCCCGGAACCCCAGGAGGACCAGGGGGCCCUGGCGGACCUGGUGGUCCUGGCGGUCCAUCAGGCAUUUAUCCAGGACAACCGGGCACAGGAGGUACCCCAGGUACACCAGGCUCUCCCGGCGGUCCCGGAACUCCAGGAGGACAAGGUGGCCCAGGACAACCGGGAUACCCAGGACAGCCUGGUCAGCCAGGUAGCCCGGGCCAACCAGGACAACCAGGUUAUCCAGGACAGCCUGGCCAACCAGGUUACCCAGGACAGCCAGGUCAACCAGGAUAUCCAGGACAACCUGGUCAACCAGGGCAACCAGGACAGACAGGCCAACCAGGACAUCCAGGUGUCCCAGGACAGCCAGGCCAACCAGGUCAGCCAGGAUACCCAGGACAGCCAGGCCAACCAGGUCAGCCAGGAUACCCAGGACAGCCAGGCCAACCAGCACAGCCAGGAUAUCCAGGACAGCCAGGACAGCCGGGCCAACCAGGACAUCCAGGACAGCCAGGCCAACCAGGACAUCCAGGACAACCUGGCUACCCAGGACAGCCAGGACAACCAGGACAACAAGGCCAACCAGGAAAGCCAGGCCAACCAGGUCAGCCAGGAUAUCCAGGACAGCCAGGCCAACCAGGACAGCCAGGAUACCCAGGACAGCCAGGCCAACCAGGUCAGCCAGGUCAACCAGGACAUCCAGGUAGCCCCGGACAACCAGGACAGCCAGACCAACAAGGACAUCCAGGACAACCUGGCUACCCAGGACACCCAGCACAACCAGGACAACAAGGCCAACCAGGAAAGCCAGGCCAACCAGGACAGCCAGGAUACCCAGGCCAGCCAGGCCAACCAGGACAACCUGGCUACCCAGGACAGCCAGGACAAACAGGACAACAAGGCCAACCAGGAAAGCCAGGCCAACCAGGUCAGCCAGGAUAUCCAGGACAACCAGGCCAACCAGCACAGCCAGGAUACCCAGGACAGCCAGGUCAACCAGGACAGCCAGGCCAACCAGGACAGCCAGGAUAUCCAGGACAGCCAGGCCAACCAGGACAGCCAGGACAGCCAGGCCAACCAGGACAUCCAGGUGGCCCAGGCCAACCAGGUUACCCAGGACAGCCAGGACAGCCAGGCCAACCAGGACAUCCAGGACAACCUGGCCAACCAGGACAUCAACCAGGCCAACCAGGUCAGCCAGGAUACCCAGGAGGGCCAGGACAACCAGGCCAACCAGGACAUCCAGGACAACCUGGCUACCCAGGACAGCCAGGACAACCAGGACAACAAGGCCAACCAGGACAGCCAGGACAACCAGGACAUCCAGGACAACCAGGGCAACCUGGUGGCCCAGGACAACCAGGACAGCCAGGCGGCCCCGGACAACCAGGACAGCCAGGAUACCCAGGACAGCCAGGCCAGCCAGGAUAUCCAGGACAGCCAGGCCAACCAGGACAUCCAGGACAACCUGGCUACCCAGGACAGCCAGGCCAACCAGGACAGCCAGGCCAACCAGGACAGCCAGGAUACCCAGGACAGCCAGGACAACCAGGGCAACCUGGUGGCCCAGGACAACCAGGACAGCCUGGCGGCCCAGGCCAACCUGGACAACCAGGCCAGCCAGAUCAGCCAGGAUACCCAGGGCAACCAGGACAGCCAGGCCAACCAGGACAGCCAGGCCAACCAGGACAGCCAGGCCAACCAGGACAUCCAGGACAACCAGGACAGCCAGAGCAAUCAGUACCAGGGAAGCCAGGCCAACCAGGUCAGCCAGGACAUCCAGGACAACCAGGGCAACCUGGUGGCCCAGGACAACCAGGACAGCCAGGCGGCCCCGGACAACCAGGACAGCCAGGAUACCCAGGACAGCCAGGCCAGCCAGGCCAGCCAGGAUACCCAGGACAACCAGGCCAACCAGGCCAACCAGGCCAACCAGGACAGCCAGGACAACCAGGUCAGCCAGGAUACCCAGGACAACAAGGCCAACCAGGACAGCAAGGCCAACCAGGACAGCCAGGAUAUCCAGGACAGCCAGGCCAACCAGGACAGCCAGGCCAACCAGGACAUCCAGGACAACCUGUCUACCCAGGACAGCCAGGACAACCAGGACAACAAGGUCAACCAGGACAGCCAGGCCAACCAGGACAGCCAGGUUACCCAGGACAGCCAGGUAGCCCAGGCCAACCUGGACAACCAGGACAGCCAGGAUAUCCAGGACAGCCAGGCCAACCAGGACAGCCAGGAUACCCAGGACAGCCAGGCCAACCAGGACAGCCAGGCCAACCAGGACAUCCAGGCCAGCCAGGAUACCCAGGACAGCCAGGCCAACCAGGACAUCCAGGACAACCUGGCUACCCAGGACAGCCAGGCCAACCAGGACAGCCAGGCCAACCAGGACAACAAGGCCAACCAGGUCAGCCAGGAUAUCCAGGACAGCCAGGCCAACCAGGACAGCCAGGAUAUCCAGGACAGCCAGGCCAACCAGGACAGCCAGGAUACCCAGGACAGCCAGGCCAACCAGGCCAACCAGGACAGCCAGGACAACCAGGACAGCCUGGCGGCCCCGGACAACCAGGACAGCCUGGAUACCCAGGACAGCCAAGCCAGCCAGGUUAUCCAGGUGGCCCAGGACAACCAGGCCAACCAGGUUACCCAGGACAGCCAGGUAGCCCAGGCCAACCUGGACAACCAGGACAACAAGGCCAACCAGGUCAGCCAGGAUACCCAGGACAACCAGGCCAGCCAGGUCAGCCAGGAUACCCAGGGCAACCAGGACAGCCAGGCCAACCAGGACAGCCAGGUAGCCCAGGCCAACCAGGUCAGCCAGGAUACCCAGGACAACCAGGACAGCCAGGCCAACCAGGACAGCCAGGUAGCCCAGGGCAACCAGGUCAGUCAGGAUACCCAGGACAGCCAGGACAUCCAGGGCAACCAGGACAGCCAGGACAACCAGGUCAGCCAGGAUUCCCAGGACAACAAGGCCAACCAGGACAGCAAGGCCAACUAGGUAGCUCAGGCCAACCCGGACAACCAGGAUACCCAGGACAGCCAGGCCAGCCAGGAUACCCAGGACAGCCAGGUGGCCCAGGACAACCAGGUUACCCAGGACAGCCAGGUAUCCCAGGCCAACCUGGUCAACCAGGACAACAAGGCCAACCAGGCCAGCCAGGACAACAAGGCCAACCAGGCCAGCCAGGAUAUCCAGGCCAACCAGGUAGUCCUGGACAAUCAGGACAGUCAGGCCAACCAGGACAGACAGGCCAACCGGGACAUCCAGGUUACCCAGGACAACCAGGCCACCCAGGACAGCCAGGACAGCCUAGUCAACCAAGCCAACCAGGAUACCCCGGACAGCCAGGCCACCCAGGACAGCCAGGACAGCCUAGUCAACCAAGCCAACCAGGUUACCCCGGACAGCCAGGUCAACCAGGCCAACCUGGAUAUCCAGAACAGCCUAGUCAACCAGGCCAGCCAGGAUACCCCGGACAGCCAGGCCAACCAGGCCAACCUGGAUACCCAGGACAGCCUAGUCAACCAGGCCAGCCAGGAUACCCCGGACAGCCAGGCCAACCAGGCCAACCUGGAUACCCAGGACAGCCAGCACAGCCAGGUGGCCCAGGACAGCCAGGUAGCCCGGGGCAACAAGGACAACCUGGUCAACCGGGAUACCCAGGACAACCAGGGCAGCCAGGUCAUCCAAGUGGACAAGGACAACCAGGGCAACCCGGACAACCAGGCGGUCCAGGACAACCUGGACAGCCAGGAUAUCCAGGUGGAGAUUCAGUCGGUGAACCUACCGGAGUCCAACCACCAAACCAAGUACCACCUGGUAGUCAAGUACCACCGUUCCCUAUUUACGUAAUUCCAUACCCAUUGCCAAUUGUACCAAGUCCUGGAUCAUGUCCUUGCUAUCUUGUAAACCCAGGAAAGAACGAUUCCACGGCAGUCACACCAGGACAAAAUGGAGGAACGGCUGGUCAAGGUCAACCAACAUAUGCACCAUACGGUAUAAUUGGAUUUGUCCCGGUAGUAUUCGUUCCUUAUUGUCCAGGAAAUGCCUCAAGUAUAGACACUGCUCAGCAAAAUUUUCCUAAUGCAGUACCGGUAUCAUACAACUGCGCCCAAUGUCAAGCAAACAGAGAUGUAUACCGUUACCUUGGUAGGUGGAACGGUGCCCGGAGUUCAAAUGUCGGGGAUUUAAAAGUCAUAAAGUCACUAGGCGAAUUAGACCAUCUUAUUAAAAAUCAAAUAAAACCAAGAAGGAAAGAUGUAAACAGAAUUAAUAUGCACCCCAGAAUGCUGGAAAAUAGAACGAGCAAAGAACUAAAAAACUGAACAUGGAUCCAUCAUUAUGACACAAUAGAAAUUCUAUUGA